AUGUCUUCGUGUGACUACAGGCCCCAUGAGAUGCAGACUGCACGAACAAAACUUGAAAUAGUAUUAGCCUCCGAGAUCAAUUUCAAUUUCGCGUGGCACGUGAUCUACGUGGCGGGAGUGGCAGAGUCUAUCCCAUGGAUUCUUCUUUGCCUUCGUCGAAGGCCGUCAGCGUCGGAUACCCAUCUACCUGCUCAUGGCCCUAUCCCGCUCUUCGAUGCCCACCUUCGCUUCUUGACGGAUUCAUAUCUCAGCUUUUUCAAUGAACGAAAACGUAUUGAAGAGUCAUACGUUGAUUCUCUCCUGAAGCUUCAUCGGAAAAUAAAAAGUAUUGACUCCUUUCUUGAUGACCGGACAGAUCUCAGCAACUCGAGGGCUGCCUGGGCCGAAAUUAGGGAUAACGUUGAGAGAGAGGCCCAAGCUCGGCAAGCUUUCCUAUCCACCUUGACUGUCGAUGUUCUCAAUCCCUUGACCGUUGUCAAAGAAACACAAGAACGUACAAGGAAGCGGAUCAAGGAAGAUCUCAAGGAAUCCGGAUCAGCCUAUAAUGAAUACGCUGAAGUGACUUUACCCAAACUUAAGACAAAAUAUAUCAAGAAAUUUGCCGAAGUCGAGGAGUCUAAGAAAGCGGUCUUGUCGCCGCCAACUUCUCCCCAGUCUCCACCUUCCGAUCCCCAUCAUACCAAUACAUCAGCGAAACCCAAUCAUUUGGGAACAGCGCGUCCGACCGUCACCUCACCUCAACCUCUGAGAGCUAUCGACCGUCGGCCAUCAGGUAGUGCGCCUGGACGUAAUCGUUCUCCGUCUUCCGGCACCGCUUUUUCGGAUUUGGCCCAUCAAGGCAAACGACAACUGAAUACUCUGAUCGGCUUUCUAGACAAGAGCGGCACUGUCAAGGAUUCACUUGGCGGUAAAGAAAACCAUGCACUUCGAGUUGUCCGAACAAAGAGGGAGCUUGAUGAAGCUGACAAAGAGUAUCGAAAGGGUGUCCAUUGGUUGGAGACACUUCGACUACGACGCACAAAGACACUGGAAAGUGGAUAUAAAAGCCUUUCGACAUUUGUUGAAGAGUCGUCAGCUGCAGUGAAGAAGGCCCUUGAGAAGUACACUGAUAAUAUGAUAGCAACGACCACUACUCAAACUCAGCUGUCGACCCAUGCACGUUCAGCUGUAGACAGGAUUUCGCCGGAGAAGGACGUUGCGCGGGUCACGGCUUAUAUUCCACGUUCAUUAGCCUCGGCAAUACCCGAACCCGUCUUAUAUCAGCACGGCCUUGUUGGAGAAUGCAAGGAUCUGAUUUUUGGUUUCAGUUUGGUCGGCUAUGCGACUUCGAAAAAUUUGCCGGAUGGAGACAUUCCCAAGAUAGUCAAGAUGUGCGUUGCAGAAAUUGAUUCCAGAGGGUCGGAAGCUGAAGGGAUCUACCGAGUUUCUGGUCGGCAUGCUGUUGUCCAAUCGCUGCAACGAGAUAUUGAGAAGGAUGAAUCUGCGUUCGAAUUCAAACAGCAUCAUGACAUCUACGCUGUUGCAUCCCUACUCAAGCUAUAUCUCCGUGAACUUCCUGAGCCUCUCUUUCGGUUUUCCCUUCAAGACCGUAUCCACCAUUCAGAAGAAUUAGCCGAACAUCAAUCCAAUAAUUUCAUGUUGCUCAGGUCGAAAAUGCGCCGUUUGCCUGUAGUACAUCAAGCUACUCUUAAAGCCAUAGUGGAACAUCUGGCCCGAAUUGUAGCAAUGAGUGAUAAGAACAAGAUGGAUGCAAAGAACGUAGCCAUAGUCUUCGGGAGCGUGAUUUUUGGCGAAGACGAGAUCCCCAAAGGUGUCGAUCUGUUGACCGUUCAAACCUGGAAGGAUUCUCUGAUGGAGGAUUUGAUUACAAAUGCUGGUGUUCUGUUCGAUGAGCAGGGCACACACCACUCCCCUCCGUUACCUCCGACGCCGCUAGGAGAACUCACACCUCAAUAUUCUUAUGGAUCCAAGCUGACUAAAUUUGCACCCCCGUCGUCUCUCUCACCAACGGCAGAUUUCACUCCCCCGCUACCACCUCGUCCAACUAGUAGUAUCCACCCAUCUCUACGAGCAGGGCAGGCAUCACCAACCAAGGACCGGCUAGAGACCCCUCCGAUGCCUCAGCGGUCAGACAGCACCACCUAUACGGAAGAAGUAAACGUCGCCGUACCGUCUUCACCCUCCGUUACAUCGACCAUCUAUGUAACAGACGAGUCAGCCGAUGAACUUGAAUCGUCACCGUCCUCACCUGGGCACCCGAAAUCUGUGAAAUCAAUACAAACCAGCGCGGGUACCUCAUCAGACGACCCAGGAUCGAGUGAUGCUCCGGCAAUAUGAUGGUUUCGCUAUGGUUUCAGAUGUAUUCAACUGGGCUGGGUCUUCUUUCGGUAUUCUUUGUGUGGAUAGUAAUGUUUUGAUAUCUGACAUGUUCAUUCAUCGUAUAUGUAACAAAUUUGUAGCCGUAUUAGUUCUUAGUUCACAUAUCCCAGAGGUCCUGAUCGAGUGACGAACGUCGGUCAGUUACAAGAAACCGUGCUAAACGGAUGGUUGACCUUGAUACACAUGUUUGUUCAUAGUUUCGAAUUUCGCGAGUUACCUUGCUUGUCAAGGUCUCUCUAGGUCUAAAAUCUUCGCUUACACAAGCCAUGGUCUUCCCGUGAUAUGACAUCAUUCUCCAC